ACAAACGGUGCUUCCGCAGCAGACAUGCUGCUGACGCAAAUGGCAACGAACGCCAAGGAUCGGCCGAGAUACAGCAAACAGCAGCUAGAGCGCUACUUUGAUCGAAUAGAGCUCCCGCAGACGUACCGAGACUCACCAGUCAUGUCUGAUCCUACUCUGGCGCGGACGAAAGAACACGGUUUGCCUCUGAUUCAAGCUAUGACACGAUACCACACUUCUCACAUUCCAUUCGAGAAUUUGCAAAUGCACUACUCGGGUACGAGAAAAAUCUCGCUCAAUAUGGACGAUCUGUACGACAGAUUUGCAGAUACCGUUGGGUGUGGUAGUGGUGGACGUUGCAUGCAGAAUAAUGGUUUCUUUGGCACUGUCAUGCGAUCUCUCGGCUACAACGUACGAAAUGGUGGCAGUCGAGUUUCCCGGAGCAUGUAUCCGGACACCUUUACUCGCGAGCACCAGGCUGAGACCUAUGACCCUUGGGAUCAUAUGGUAAAUUUCGUGAAAUUCGACCAGGAAUGGUGGCUAGUGGAUGUAGGGAUGGCAGCAAUGGGGCCAAACAUGCCAAUCCCGAUCGAAGACAACUUCAUAACGAAUUCAAUCGGUAGUCGAAAAAUUCGUCUCCAGCUCCGCGUCAUUCCAGAGCACGCCGCCGACGAUCUCGAAGACGCUCCGAAGCUCUGGUGUUUCGAUGUGUCCCAUUCGCAGAAUCCGGAUGGCACAGACAUUUGGCUUCCGACCUAUUGCUUCACGAUGGCGGAAUUUCUCCCUCAGGACUACGAGUGUGCGAGCUGGUAUACCACGACAUAUCCUCGCUCCUACUUCGCGCGAUGGCUUCUCGUCACAAAAAUGAUUUUGAGCGAAGAUGGCACAGAAGUCGUGGGUGAUCUAAGCCUGGUCAACAAUUUCGUGCAGAAGAGGAUUUUGGGGAAGAAAGAAUUCGGGCAAGAGCUCAAGACGGAGGCGGACAGGGUGACUGCGUUGAAAGAGCUUUUCGGAAUUACGUUAAGUGAGGAGGAUCAGCAGGCAAUCUCGCCUCACAUGAAGUUAGGGUAAACUGAGCGGGACAACUCCGGGUGAAGAGGUGAAUAAUAAACGUGCGUGCUUUCCCCCUCAUUUACCACCUUCUCUCAACAAUCUCGUUACC